AUGAACAUAAAUAAACCCUUCUGGUUAUGGAUUAAAAGUUUCCUUUCCGGAAGAGUUCAACAAGUAAAUCUCAAUGGCACCUUAUCAUCCAUUGCAACAUGCCCGGCCGGAGUCCCGCAAGGCUCUGUAAUAUCUCCCAUUCUUUUUAAUACCUACAUUGAUGAUUUGGAGGACGCCUUACCAGAACAACGAAAAGUCAGUACGAAUAAGUAUGCAGAUGACUGCACACAACACCAAAUAGUGAGCGUAGAUUCUAAUAGUAAUUUACAACAAUCUAUCAAUGAAGUAAAUAACUGGGCGGUGUUAAAUAAAAUGGCAAUUAAUGCUAAAAAAACUAAGGACAUGUGGAUCUCGUUCACGGACGCUAUACCUGAACCACCACGUCUUCGUAUUGGAAAUGAGUUAAUAGAAAGGGUCAACGCUUUUAAAUUACUUGGCGUGUCGUUCCAAAAUAAUCUAAAAUGGAACGCACAUGUUGAAGAGAUUACACGUAAAGCAAAUAAACGCCUUUACCAUCUUAGAGAAUGCAGGAAAUCGCAGUUACCAGCUGAAGUCGGUAUUAUUACCUAUCAAUCCAAAAUAAGACCAAUCCUCGAGUAUGCAUCACCUGUCUGGGCGGGACUCCCUAAUUACCUGCGAGAUGAAAUAGAGCGGGUUCAAUCCAGGAGCUUAAGAAUCCUUGGCCUGGAAAAAGAUUACCUACCACCGUUGAACGAAAGAAGGGAAGAGGCAACUAGUCGAGAAGUUGAUAG